UGCUAAAAUGAUAUGCCUACUAUGUAUUUGGUAAAGAUAGUAAUAAAAUGAGUGAGAAUAGCAGGCCCUUUGGUUGCUGAGGUACUGAUAAUCCAAUGGUUAUGCUUUUCAGUGAACGUUUAUGUUAGUCAGAGACUACAGAGAUUCUAGAGAGAGAAAGAGAUGGAGAUGUGACUAGUAAGUACAAUACUUGAGAUAUUUGUGAGAGGCAUGAGAGAGAGAGAGAUUGGUGACUUAGAAUAAAUCUUGAGAGAGUGGUGAGAUGCAUAAGCUUCAUAGAGAGACAGGCUUCCUCAUAAUGUGAUUGGAUUAAUCAUACUGAGACAUAUUUUUGACUGCUGGGUUCCCUUUUCCUGACCUUAAUUUUAUAGCAGAGAGAGAGAGAGAGAUGGGUUUCCUCCCCCUGUUUUUUCUCAUCAUCCUGGCUUUUGUAAAUCCUGUUAUUCUCUCUGAAAAGCAUGAAGAAAUUAAGGCAAACCCCACAUCAAGAAGCACCAUAGACGUAAAAGGGGAUCCACAUAAUGUUGUAUGGGUGGUUCAGCUUUCAGAUCUCCAUUUCAGUGUCUAUCAUCCUGAAAGAGCUCUUCAAUUCUCCGAAUUCAUUGGCCCUGCCCUUAAGAUGAUCAACCCAUCCCUGGUUCUCAUAACUGGAGACCUUACAGAUGGAAAAACUCUUGACCAUCUAAAAAUGAGAGUGGAUGAGGCAGAGUGGAUUGAGUAUGACAAAGUAAUGAAGGAUGUUAUUGCAAGGAGUGGGCUUCCCGUUGAAUGCUUCUAUGACCUAAGAGGGAAUCAUGACAAGUUUGGGGUGCCAGUUGUUGGUGGCAAUUCUGAUUUUUUUACAAAAUAUAGUAUCAAUGCAGGUUUAAACCGUAGUGGAGAGGUAUUUAGUGUCACUUUACUGAGCAGUGGGCGUAAGCACCUAUUCGUUGGUUUUGAUAGUGCAAUGGCUAUUGGUUUGCGUGGCCCAACCAAUCUUUUCGGUCAUCCAGCUGAUCAGCUUCUGGCAAAUCUUGAUGCUGAACUUUCACAAUGGGAUUCUCCACAUCAAGAAGCAGUGACCAAAUUUUCCUUUGGCCACUUCCCACUGUCUUUCUCAUCGGCUACAAGCUCUAGAAAGAGUCUAAAGGAUAUCUUUCUCAAACAUUCUAUAUCGGCUUACCUUUGUGGCCAUCUCCACACAAAGUUUGGGGAUAAUCUGAAGAAGCAUUAUCAGCACCCUGGCCAUGGACUGGGAGCUUUACAAGGUUAUUUCCAGCUGAAUUCACAUCAAGGUGUUUUAGAGAGAGGGAAUUGUUCUCUUGGAGAGGAACCCAACAAGGAGUUUUGGGAGUGGGAGAUGGGUGACUGGAGGAAGAAUAGGAAGAUGAGGAUAGUGGCUGUUGACGAUGGUCAUGUCUCUUUUCUUGACAUUGAUUACAGGUCAAAAGCUCCAUCAACAAUUAUAUUGCCCACAUUUCCCCUGGAUUCUAGGACAAUGCAAAGAGCUUCAUAUCUAGAAGGCUACCUAUGCAAAUCCGUCAACCAGUCUUCUUAUGAGAGAAUAAGAACGCUGAUAUUUUCAGAGAGAGAAAUUAUCUUUGCUAUAGUAAAGAUAUAUGACACAAGAUCAGGGAAUCUCAAUUUGGUGUUGGAAUCAAGAAUGGCAAAGCAGCCAAGCAAUGAGUCAAGAGGGGAUCUCUAUAUUGUUCCAUGGAAUUGGAGAGCAUUUGUAGAUCCAUCUCCUGAUCGCUUUUGGCUACAAAUAGAAGCAGUAGAUAAUUCAGGGACAUUUAGUUUCAGCCAAAUGAGGCCCUUCUCUAUAAAUGGUCAGGUAUCUAAGAUCCACUGGAAAUGGUCUGAGUUCUUGGUCAUGGGGUGUAUGUGGGACUUGUUGUAUCGCCCGUUACUCUUCUCUAUUCUUGGUCUGCUCUUUUCCUUGCUUCUUAUCCCUAAAGCUUUCCAUAUAUACUCAAAGAGGCAUCACCCCUAUGAGAAGUUCAGACCCAUCUUGGGCUCAAAAACCACUAGAGAGUGCAUUGUGACUGGUCCUUUAUGGAUUUUGAUGGAGCUUUCAAGGACCCCGUCUCUAUGGAAUAGUUUCAUGGUUUAUUUGCUCUACCUGAUGUUUUUCCCAUGGUUUUAUGGGCAAGUUUUCUCUGAAAACUAUAGCAUGGCCUAUAUGUCUCCAAAGGGUUGGACUGUCAAAAUUUCAGAAUUGGAUGGUUGGAUUUCCAAUAUUGGUGUGCCUGAUGUCUUGGUUAUUGUCUUGCCUCACCUCUUUUAUAUAGUAUUACCAUCUAUUUUGGUGGCUGCAGCAUUGGUUGCAGAGAGAGAGAGAUAUAGGGUGCACUAUAUGUUUUUGUCAGGAAAGAAAGAAGAAGAUGGUGAUACAGGGUUUAGUAGGGUAUCGGAGGUUAAUUACUCAGGGAACUAUUCUGACUGUUGUGUUUCUUUUUGCGUUUGGUGCGGGAGGUGGGCAAGGAAAGCUCUCUUGGUUGUUUGCCUUGCAAUUAUGUGGAAGCAUUGGAAGCAUUGUAGAGCUGUGACGGUGGCCUAUGAAGCAAACCCGUUUCUUUACACUGCUCCAUACUGCCUACCCAUUCCAUUGUUAUUGGCUUUUGCUGUUUACAAGACCAGGGGAAGAUAGACGGCCUGGAGUUGGUAAAGAGAGCUACUACAAGUGCCAUUUUAAUGUGAAAUUGUAGUACACGAGAGAGAAGGCAUUAUGGUCGUGUUAAUGUGAGUGGCAGUUCUUUCUUUAUUGAGAGCGAGAGGAGAGAGAGAGAGAGAGUUAAGCUCAUAUUUGGAACUUUGAGAAUUGGGCUUAAUGCAAAACGUUUGUUUUUCUUA